AUGGCUCCGACAAAGGGUGGCGAGAAGAAGAAGGGCUGUUCUGCCAUCAACGAGGUGGUGACACAAGAAUACACCGUCAACAUUCACAAGCACUUCCAGGGCGUGGGCUUCAAGAAGUGUGCUCCUAGGGCACUCAGAGACAUCUGGAACUUUGCCGUGAAGGAGAUGGGGACUCCAGAUGUGCGGAUUGAUACCAGGCUCAAUAAAGCCAUCUGGUCCAAAGGAAUAAGAAGUGUUCCAUACCGUAUCCAGGUACGUUUGUCGAGAAAACGUAAUGAGGAUGAGGACUCACCAAACAAACUUUACACAUUGGUUACUUAG